AUGGGUUUCCAGACGACCGCUGUCAGUGCUACGUCGGCGGCGAUGGGCACUGGUCCACUCUCAUGCCAACCACUACAGCUUAUAAGUCCCGGUCGAUUUUCCAUUGGGAACUGUGGGAACGCUACGGCAGCUCCUAGUAGCAGUAACGCCAAUGCUCUCUCACUUGCAGGGUCAUCUAUCCCAUCUAGUGCUGCGAGUCCAAGUAAUCUAAUUGGCACUAGUAUUGGCAACAACAUUUGUGCUAAUGGUACCAGUGGCAAUAAUAAUUCACAUCGCCUCCACCUGCCUCCCGGUCUUGGUAUCGGUCUCCCAUCUUCUGCUGGGCUUACUCGACCUCCUCCAUCUCCAAUUCUCAAUCAGCUUGGUUUGUCACCACCUAGUUUAGGCAUAAGCCUGGCUGGAAUUGGAAUGCCCGGGCAGUCGUCGAUACCCUCUUUGCUCUCAUCAGCUAGCAGACUACCCUUGGGACAAUUGGGCUCUGUCACCGCUUCUGCAGUUUGCCCUCAACCUCCGCAGCAACUUGCGGGUGGCAUUAUCCAAUCUUCAUCAGGAGCUUCAGGACCACAGGGCCCUUCAUCUGGCCUUCCACCUGGGGCCAUGGCUGCUGCAAUAGCAGCCGCCUCUAUCGCCAAUAUGCCUUCUUCGUCCACCUCUGCUCCAAUUGCUUCACCCCAGACUGGUCUAGGUCCAACGGGAAUGUCAAGCCUGGCUGGACUUAGUCGUCUAGUACCACAAAUGCCACCGCCACUGCCUCAUCCCUCUAAUUUGAGGGGGCCUGUUUCUCCGGGUUCAGCUCAAGCCUUGGCGGCCAGUAUGCUUGCCGGUCUGUCUCCGUCAGCGCCCCCACCACAUAGUCAUCUGGGUCAACUACCAGCUUCGCCGUCGUUGCAGGCUUCGCAUCCUCAGCACUUAAUGGUUCAGCAGCAGCAACAGCUUGGCCAGAUUCAGUAUCCUAUGCCAAACGCUCAUGGGAAUGUCCCUGGGCUACCACCACCACCCUCAGCUUCCAUUGGCCUGCCUCAUCCUCAUCUCCAACAUCAAACUAGCCAACAGCAGCCUCAACAGCACGGUCAUUCUCGCCAUCAUCACCACUCUACGCAGCAACAACAAGCACAGCAGCAGCAGUCUCAACAACAGUUGCCCCAGACAUCUCAUCAAUUGCAACACCCCGGUUCUGCUUUAUUAGGUGGUCAGACGCAAUCAUCAGGUCUCACUUCCUCUGUGGUUACGCCUUUUAGCGUCGGUGUGCCUACAAGAAGUCAACUUUUAGAGGACUUCCGCAGUUCCAAUCCUCGCUUUACCAACGUCCAGCUAUCUGAGCUUCGUGACCAUAUGGUUGAGUUUGCGCGAGAUCAGCAUGGCUCUCGUUUCAUUCAACAGAAACUAGAGACCGCUACACCAGCCGAAAAGCAGACAGUGUUUGCAGAGAUCUUGCCGCAAGCCGGAAAACUGAUGACCGAUGUAUUUGGGAACUAUGUUAUUCAGAAAUUCUUUGAAUUCGGCACCAAGGAGCAGAAGGAGCUGUUGUCCACUCAGCUCACUGGCCACGUCGUUGAGUUCGCCACCCAAAUGUAUGGCUGCCGUGUUAUCCAAAAGGCCCUUGAGGCGGUCCAGGCAGAGGCAAAGAUCCGCAUUGUCAGCGAACUGAAGCCAUUCGUCACUCGCUGUGUCAAGGACCAAAAUGGUAAUCAUGUCAUACAGAAAUGCAUCGAAUGUGUUGACCCCUGUGAACUGGACUUCAUAAUUGCUGCUUUUCGUGGCCAGGUUGCAAUGUUGUCGGCUCAUCCCUAUGGCUGCCGGGUUAUCCAACGCAUUCUUGAACAUUGUCUGCCAGAGCAAACUCGUUCGAUUCUUGAUGAACUUCAUCAGGGUGUGGAACAAUUGGUCAAGGAUCAGUAUGGAAAUUAUGUGGUUCAAGUAUAUCUCUUAAGCUUGUAUUAUCCUUUAAUCUUAUUUAUUAUGGAAUUUUAA